AUGGUCCUCGCCGUCCCCACCGCCAGCCUCGAAGGCAAGGUCGCCCUCGUCACCGGUGCCGGCCGCGGCAUCGGCCGCGGCGUCGCCCUCGAGCUCGGCAAGCGCGGCGCCUCUGUUGUGGUCAACUACGUCUCCUCGGCCGGCCCGGCCAGCGAGGUGGUCAAGGAGAUCGAAAGCUACAAGAACGGCGCCAAGGCCAUCGCCAUCCAGGCUGACGUGUCCAAAGUCAGCGAGAUCAACCGCCUGUUCUCGGAAGCCAAGAAGCACUUUGGCAAGAUCGAUAUUGUCAUGUCCAACUCUGGGACUGAAUCCUGGGACAAGACGGAGGAGGUGACCGAGGAGAAGUACGACCACGUCUUUAAUCUUAAUGCGCGCGCGCAGUUCUUUGUCGGGCAGGCGGCGUACAAGCAUUUGGAGCGGAACGGGCGGUUGAUUCUCAUGACGAGCAUUGCGGCUGGGUUGUUGGGGGUGAAGGAUCAUGCGCUGUAUAAUGCUAGCAAGAUGGCGGUUAUUGGGAUGGUGAAGAGUUUCGCGACGGACUUUGGGGUGAAGGGGAUCACGGUUAAUGGGGUUGCGCCGGGGGGGAUCAAGAGUGAUAUGUUUACUGAGAAUGCGUGGCAUUAUAUUCCCGGGGGGAGCCCGGAUUGGGGGAAGGAGAAGAUUGAGGGGUUGAUGGCUGCUCAUUGCCCGCUUGGACGGUGCGCGGUGCCGGAGGAUGUGGCGAGGGUGGUGGCUUUUUUGAGUAGUGAAGAUGGCGGGUGGGUGAAUGGGCAGAUUUUGACUAUUAGUGGGGGGAGUUCGCAGUAG